ACUGCUGGUACACGAUAUAGUUUAUGUAUUUAUAACGAGUAUUAACUGUAUUAAAUAUAUCUUAAAUUUAUUAAAAUGACGCCCGAUAACACAAUACGUGUGGGAGAAUACAUAGUUAUACAGAAGCAAAAUUAUAGAAAGCUACACAAAUUCAAUAAAGCGGACUCCUGUAUCAACAUUGGCCGCGAUAGCGUUAAUCUAACUGGUAUAGAAGGCUGCAGGUUCCAUUCUGUGUUUAAACUUAUCCCAAAAGGCGGUAAAAGGACUAAGGAGUUCUCUGUACAGUUAACAGAAGAGGCUGGCGAUUUAAAAGACGAAAUCAACGUCAAAACAUCAGGCACGGAUAACAGAAACAUUUUCGAUGAUGGACAAUCACAAAAAUUAUCUUAUUCCGAGAUUGAGGAACUGAGAAACGACGCUAAAAAGGCAUCAGAUAUUGUAGAAACUUUGAUAUCAAAUUCAAACACUUUUUCAAACAAAACUGAAUUUUCUCAAGAGAAAUAUUUAAGGAAAAAGGAGAAGAAAUAUUUUGAGUACAUUCAAAUCCUUAAGCCGAAUCUACGCAUGAUUUCAGAGAUAAUGUACAAGUUGGAGCCAGGGAAAAUACAAAAUAUCCGUAUUGAUACACUAUCACAGAUUAUUACAGCUGUUAACAUACAAUCGGAAGGAGUCCAUCUCUUAUAUGAUUCAGGCUCAAACGGAUUGCUAGCAGCUGCAUUAUUAAGUGCUAUAGGCGAAUCUAAUGAUGGAAAGCUAAUACAUAUGCAUCCAGGCAACAUGUCGCAGAAACAAGCGUUGUUAGCUAUGAAUUAUAAAGAGGAACAAUUAGGCAGAUGUAUCUCUGUGAAUAUUUACUCUGUGUUAAGACAGUAUUAUCAAGGUUGUGACACACAUGACACAAAUGAGAAAACUGAGCAUAACAACUUGAAGAGAAAGGCUGAGGAGAGUCCUGCUGAAAUUGAGAGUAAAAUACCUAAACUUGAAGAAAAAUCACAACCAGAUACAGAGGAAAAAAUUGUUGAUAAUUCAGAAGUAAAAGAAAAUGAUAAACCGAAAGAGUUUAAAAAACCUAAAUGGCAUUUUGAUAACAUUAAUGCAGCUGAAUUGCUAAAAGGCAAAGUGGAUUCUCUAGUGAUUGCUUGUAAAGAGGACCCGCAGAAUUUAUUUGAUGAACUGGUGAACUUUGUGAAGCCCGGGCGGCCAUUUGCAAUUUACUAUACUGUGGCAGAGCCAUUGCAGAAAAUGUACAUGAAUUUAAAGAUAAGAAGUAAUGUUGCUGCACUUAAACUGACUUGUAAUUGGAUGAGGAACUAUCAGGUUCUGCCAGACCGGACCCACCCAGAGGUGAUGAUGAAUGGAGCCAGUGGCUUCAUUUUAACUGGCUAUGUUUUAAAAUAAAUUUAAAAAUAUCUACGUUUAGUUUCAUUCAACACUAUCUCUGCCUGCAACAUAAGUUUGUAUAAAAAUAUGA